AUCAAUUGGUCAAGAGAGGUCCUGCAAAGCUGUACAUGUAUAGGCCAUCUUUAUUCCCUCUCAUUGUACAUAUUUAACUAUACCUAACCAACUAAAAACAGCACUGUAUCUACAUCUGAAAGACCUUUGUUUAGCAUCUGAUGCAGGCACCAAAGGAACAGGAACUACAUUUUGAUGAGAAUGAGUGGGAACUCAAUGCCGUUGAACAGUGUAACUAGCCACAGCGACUUGUACAGCAGUCUAAAAAUGGUCCAUAAGCUUUGCGAAUCAAGCGAGUGUAAGCUGAAGUUCCUUUCUAAGAACUACAGCUUCCUCGAAGGGCUGUACGACAGCUCUCGAAAGGAGCUGGAGUGGAUGAAACUACAGCUACGAAGAAGCGAGGCCCACGUAACAAGGCUUGAACAGGAGCUGGAGACAGCGUUGAGCGAUGUGGAUAAGCACGCAAUUGCUAAACACCUCCCGAAAGGCAUUGCUGAGGGCCCAUCGGAAGCCGGCUGUGACAACCCGCAGUCGACCCAAUUCAAACUGGCAACGGCCCUGCAAACCAUCGAAAGGCAAAACGCUGAGCUCAGGAGCUACAAGAGGUUCAUCAAGGAUAUGAUGGACACCUCUUAGACUUGGAAUUGGUCACGCUCUCCGCCCAUUGUCCCCGUUGUCAGCGUAUGGUGAUGGCACGCUAAACCAUGCAUACAGCAACUCCGGUAAUUCUCCUUCUCUCCCACUCUGGUGCGUCUGUUGCUGCCACUACUGUGAAUGGGCAU